AUGUCCUAUUCUCUGCGGCCUGGGAACAAGUUGAAGGCCCCCAAACGUUACAGGGAUGCAGAUGGAGAAGAGGCUGAUGAUCCGCCAGAGCCAAAAACUACAAAGCCUGAUACCGUGCAGGGCUCGCUCCCCCCACCUAUAUUCGCAGUGCCUCGUACUGUCGGAGCCCAUCACUCGAUAUUUCCAAACGCCCCCGAGCAGCCUAAGAUGCCCAAUAUCAAGAUGAUCAAGCAAAGGAAGCGCAUGCGCACCGAAGAGCCAGAUGAGUAUGACUCGCGCGUGCGCACCCAAGCCGGACGCGCCGUCAGACUCCACAAAGACACUGCAUCUGAGUUACCGCCCGACAACUUGAGCCUCAAAUCAGCGGCGUUCCCUUCGCUCCCAACAAACGUGCCACCUCCGCUACCGACUGCUAUAGCAGAGUUUGAGGGGCACGGAAUGAAAGAGCUGGUGGAAGCAAUGAAGAAGAACGACUCGAAACGCGUGUCAGAGACCAAGGCUCGCUUUGCUCAAAUGUAUGCGACUAGCACAUACGACUGGUAUGCGGAACUGAGGGAGCGCUGGAGCCCAGACGAGAGCGACGCAACGGUCAAAUUCGAAUCGCUUUGGCCCUCACUGUGCCAGACCAUCAUCGACGAGAUUCAGGACGACUUUGCCGGAGCUGGGCAGCCCGACACCUUGUACCCAGUCCAGCGCCUCUUGAAGAUCACGCGCACAGAGCUCCUCGACAUCAUAGAGAAGAAUGGCCAAGCCUGGAACACUGACGAGGAUAUCCCACUGUACUAUCGAGAAUUGAAGCGCAGGAACCCAGAUGCCAUCAUCGACCCCGAUCAGCCUCCGCCAGCGCAAGUCGUCCGAGCAAUCAAGUUCCUAAAGCAGCAGCAUUUACCGGGCACUCUGCUAGGCGAAUGGUCUACGCUACCUUCUGUACAAGUAUUUCGCCCCCUCUCCCAGUCUCAGAUUUUUACAGAAUCCCCCGAGGCAGAACGCUAUCAUAGCGAUAUAGUUAGAACUGUAGAGUCCCACGAAUCCAGCGAGGCUAUCGUCCAGCAGCAAGACAACGAAUACCAAGCCAGACUCGAGAAAAUGCUUAGUGAGGGUAACAUUGCUUCUCGCCGGCUUCCCGAAAAAGACCUCAAAUGCAAGUAUUGUCGCAGGAAGGGCCAUCUUCAUAGUGACAGAAGCCGUGAGGGUCUCUUAAUAUGUCCCGGCAAGCGCAUCGAUGAAAGCCGCGAAAAACACGCCAAUACCCACGUCGAAGCCGCCUUCCUACGCGAUGCCGCCGAAGCUGAACUCGCUGAAACCAGACGUAAAGACCGUAUCGCCGCAGCGCAGCCACCGCAGCCACCACAAUGGCGGCCAUUCAUGCCAGGCCCCAAUACACCACGGACCCAGCGUAUAUAUACAUCCUGGCUACAAUGGAAAGACAGAAAAGCCGUGAUGACUGACCCAGCAUUCCAGGACCAUACACCUCGUCGCCGUAUCCGUAAGCAAACUCGGGAACAACACGCCGAGGAACUAUGGAGAGAAGCAGACAAGCAUCCAGGAUUGAAGGUAAACCAGCCGCAUAUCGCCGACACAAUAAAGAGAUUGAAGGCAGCACAUGAGAGAUUGCAGAAUAGUGGUCCGCUUAUACAAGACUACACUAAUACCAGUAUUACUUCUGUCUCUGCCUCUGCUUCUUUCCCACCAAGGACAACAAUAUCCCCACACAUGCUCUACACCUCACCCUGGACGCGCCCGCUAGAACCCCUCAAACCGCCUCCUCCUCCCGCUUCGAGCACCUCUGCAGCUUCUAGUCCCACGCCUAGUCCUAAUGCUGGCCUACCUACACCCACAUCCCUCCAAUCCACGACCCCGCCUCAACACCAGACCGAAGGCCAACCCCAAAUCAGGAAGAAACGUGGUCCCUACAAGAAGAAAAUCAAGCCGGUAGCGGGGACUUUUACUUCUCCGCCGCCACGGCAUAGGAUCAUUCGGGAUGGGUUGGUUAGUUUGGCGCCGGCGGGUGUGUCGAAUGGGAUGAGUGGUUUUACUGCUGGUGGUCAGGGGGAGGGGUAUGCGAAUGUUCUGGGGGAGAAUGGAAAUGCGAAUACCUUUGGGCAGAAUGGAUACGCUAGUGUUCCAGGACAUGGAUACGUGGAUACUCAGGGAAACACAUAUACCACUGUCCGCGUGGGGAAUGGACACACAAACGGAAGCGGAAAUGGAUACGCCAACUCCCCAGGCAAUGAAUACACGAAUGGCCACGGAAUCGCCAACACCCCAGGAGCCGCCUACACAAACGGCUACACACGCGCCUUAGAAGCUACAUCCUCAAAUAGCAACGCCAUUACCUCAGUGCAGAACGGACACGCCAACUCCCCAGCAACCGGCUAUACAAACGGACUUGCCAAUACCUCCGCAAACGUCUCCACACACACCCCAGACUCUACAUCCACAUCCACAUCCUCAAUCACAAUCCCAGUUCCAGCUCCAGCUCUAGCUCCCGUUCUCCUUCCCACCCAAAAACAGCUACCAACACGCCCUCGCAUCACCCUCGGAAACACAUCUGCAAACGCAAUCGACGUAGAUGCGCAAAACCUAUAG